AUGAUUUGGCCCAACACGAUCCAAAACCACCAUUGUGAUGCUGAUUGUGCGAAGAUACUGUGUCUAGCUACCGCCAUCGCUGAUUCACCAUGCACUGCCACAAACCAAACUUGCAUGUGUACGAAUGAGGCAUUACAGUCGCAAGUCGCGGUCUGUGUUGCAGGAAGCUGCACUAUCAAGGAGGCCCUCUUCACCAAAAAUACGACUUCGACAAACUGUGGUGCCCCAAUAAGGAACAAGUCGACUCAAUACGAGAUCCUUUCCAACACCUUUGGAAUCAUCUCAGGGGUCAUUGUCGUUAUACGGUUUGCCUUCAAGAUAUGGCAACACCUCGAGCUUGGGCUUGAUGAUUGGUUUACUCUCAUAACAAUCAUCGCUGGAAUUCCCAGUUCCGUUCUUACUGUACAUGGUACCGUCGCAAAUGGCCUCGGCCGUGACAUCUGGACAUUGUCGGACACCAACAUCACCAACUUCGGCAUGUAUUUCUACAUUAUGGCGGCGUUGUACUUCUUACAGGUCACUCUCCUCAAGCUCGCCCUAUUGUUCUUCUACCUGAGGAUCUUUCCGGCCCGGCCCAUCCGACGAACCUUAUGGGGCACUGUCAUUUUCAACUGCCUAUUCGGUACGGUUUUUGUCAUCAUUUCCGUUUUCCAGUGCAGGCCCGUAACCUAUUUCUGGACGAAAUGGGACGGAGAGCAUACCGGACACUGCAUGGACAUCAACUCAAUCGCAUGGUCAAAUAGCGGUAUCAGCAUCGCCCUCGAUGUCUGGAUGUUGGCGAUCCCUUUGUCACAGCUCAAGGCUCUAAACCUGGACUGGAGAAAGAAGAUUGGAGUGGGGAUCAUGUUCUGCGUUGGUGCUUUCGUCACCGUCGUCAGUAUCCUACGACUGCGAUCACUUAUCACGUUUGAUUCACAUUCGCAAAAUCCUACCUGGGAGUUUCUCGAAGUUUCCAAGUGGUCUACCAUCGAAAUCAAUGUCGGCAUUAUCUGCACGUGUAUGCCGACACUCCGAUUGAUCCUCGUGCGCAUUUUCCCCAAGGUACUUGGAACAACGCAGCGGUACUAUGCGAACUACGCCUCCAAAGGUUCAAGAGGCCAAAGCAGAAGCCGACAGGCCGGAGCGAGUGUGACUUCAAAUGCGGAACACUCUCAACACAGGGUAGAUCAACGUGGUAUCACAUGCCACAAGACAUACGUGGUGGAGUAUGGGGAAAACAACGACGAAAUCCAACUCGUAAUAAUGCGAGACUCGGAGCGAGACGGGGAUUAUAAGAGUUCGAGGUCUGAAAGUUCUGCAUAG